AUGGCAAAGAUUUUCCAGGCUUUCGAGGCCAGGGGAGUUAUGCGAAAUACUUGUGUGUACAGUCUGAGUUGCGCUAUUGACUUUUUCGUCUAUGGUGGAGCGUACGGCGGGGUAUGGUCAAUGCAAGACAAUCAGUUUCUGUACGACUACGCGAUCGGAAGUCGGCCUGACUGCGAUGCAGAGCUGCAGGCGAUCAGAAACCGUUGUGUGAAAGUGGCGAGCGGUAUUGGUCACGAAUAUGUGGGCGACGGGGUGACUCUGAAGUUUGCUAACUAUGUGCAAAUCAAGUUCAAGAUGGAAAGAGAAGAGGCUGCUCGCAGCGCUGGGAAGAAGGCGCCGGGGUAUGUUGUAUGGGACGACCUCAAAGCCAUGUGUGCGUUCCGUUGCACCGAUGGCGUUUUCGCGAAUGGGCUUUACGACAGUCGAGGCGACGACACUUCAGUUCUCAUUUUGGGUGCGCUGGUGGCGGUGCAUGACUUCAUUGACCUUGGGAGACUUGAGACCCGAAUCUUUGAAGAAAGAUAUUCUCGGCUCGGAGCCCUUAUGGCUUGGUCUAUGGAGAACCGCAAGUACGAACCGGACAUUUUGUUUAUUCUGGCAACCUUCAUAUGGCAAAUGUCAAACGCUCGUCAUCGUGUUAUGGAAAAUGCUGUUGCUGUCCCCGAAAACCUGAGGUUCAGAGUAAGGUGGAAGUUCAAGAGGACCCUCCCUGGGUAUAGCGACCUCGUGGACGACUCAGGUUACACGCAGCAUACGCCCGAGCGACUUGAAAUUACGAUUCCUUGGUCCGGAGAGGUGGUCUCAGGUGGCCAUGCUGUCUCCAGGGUUGUGGAGCUAGCUACAAGACCCGAAGAGCAAGAGGUUCUCGAGAUGUUUUUGGUUGAAUAUCUAACGGGGGCAGAUCAGCCAGAUUUCCACGUAUAA